GUUAAUUCGAUAAACCUAUCAGUUCUGAGCAACUAAUCGCACGACUAUCGGAAAAAGUUCAGAGAAUUUUUUUUUAAUGAAUUGCUGACUUUGCCAUACAUUUUGAUAUCAUGUUGUGCUUAAGGAAAUUCAUUAUUGUGUGCUUAGCCGCUGCCACUGUCAAAGCCGACGAUUCAUACUGUGACCCAUCGAUUUGUCCACAAGGUGCACAGCCUCAUGUCGCUUGCGGAACCGAUCUCGCGUUUGAUUCACGUUGUUCCGACGAUGCUGAGUUCGUUGAAAUUACACCUGAGCUGCAGCAGUUGUUUCUCGAUGCACACAACAAAUUGAGACAUCAACAAGCCAAUGGAGAGACACCCGGAUAUGAGCCAGCUAAAAAAAUGGCCACUAUGAAAUGGGACGAUGAAUUGGCCACGCUUGCAAUGUACAAUACAAAACAAUGUCGAAUGAAUCACGAUGUAUGUAGAAGCACACAAAAAUUCCAAUAUUCGGGGCAAAAUUUGGCGCUGCAUGGUGACACAAACAAUGAAUUCCUUGCCAACUGGGCACCGGGCUACUGGUUCCAAGAAUAUCCACGGGCUAAUAUGAAUGAUAUCCGUAAACAAGGCCGUUUGCGUGAUUCGAAUGGAAAAGAUUUGGGCCAUUUCACGCAAGUCGUAAAGGAUAAUGCAUACACAGUGGGCUGUAGUAUCGCAAAAUAUACCGAUCAAAACGGCGCACGCAAAGCGUUGGUCGCAUGCAACUAUGCCGUGGCCAAUAUUGACGAUUGGCCGAUUUAUGACGAUGGUCCAACCGCAUCUGAUUGCCAAAGUGGUACGAAUCCCAAAUACCCCGCACUUUGCAGCGAGGAUGAAGUCUACGAUGGACCAUUCUUCCGAACAUAAAUUUAUUACGUUUCAAUUGAUCUAUUUUUUAUGACGAAUUUUCGAUCAAUUAUUUUAUUACGCCCCAAAAAUGUGCAUUGGAAAUUUUUUUUCGGAAUAAAAUCACACAAGCAAAGCAA